AUGGCUACGCCACUUCGGGCCGAUACGGUUCCCAGUGGGGAGGACCCCCUCUCGGCCCCGGCCCCGGCCCCAGCCCCAGCCCCGGCCCCGGCCCCGGCCACGGUGUCGGAGCCGAUGCCAGACCCCGCGAGCCCAGCCAGCCCGGCGGCCGGCGAGCCGGCUGAGGACCCGGAGGACGCGUAUUCCCGGAUCUUCGAGCGGCGUCGGCAGCAACGGGCCCGUGAGGCAGCUCCUCCAGGGCCCUCCGGCGAGCCGGCCGGUCCGGCCAUGCAGGAUGCUUCUGUUGAGCCGGCGGCCGGGGCCACCGAGUCCCUGGCGUCUACCGUUGCCUCGGUAACGCCGGCCGUCCUGGCCAGUGUGCCGACCUUCCUGUCUUCGCUGUCGUCGUUUGUUCGGCCGGCAGCUGGCGGACCGGCCGACAACCAGGCCAAGCAGGCGUCGGCUACCACCACCACCACCGCCGCCGCCGCCGCCGCCGUUGCCGCCGGCGGGGCUGUCACUGCAAAUGCUCCUUCGCCGGCCACGCCGGCCACGCCGGCCACCGGGCCACGGCCGGCGCCCGGCGAGGGCCCGCCUCUGGCGGAGCAGCUCCGCAAAACGCAGGACGAGCUCCAGCGCCGGUGCACCCAGAUCACUCGACUGGUGGCCGAGCUCAAGCGGCAAAUGUCCCACCGGGACGCCUUGACCGAGACCUUCCGGCAGUUCACCCCCUUCGACGAUUUGACCGAUGUCCCGGCCAUUGGCCAGUUCUUCGAGAUGCAAGCGGCCAGCCUAGAGGUCGCUCGCAAGGAGUACUCCGAGGUGUCGAAGCAGCUGGACUCGCUGAAGCAGGCCAAUGAUCGGCUACUAAGCACGCAUGCACGCCUGACGGCCGAGCACGAAGCCACCCGGACCCAGGCCGAGGCGGCCAAGGCCGGGCGUCAGCAGCUCGAACAGCAGGUGGCCCAGCUGCAAGAGCGCCUUGAGGAGGCCGCGCAGCUGACUCAGGUCCUGGAGGCCUCGGCCUCGGACCGGAUCAGCCAGAUCGAGCAGAGCCUGUCGACCCAGCUGGAGGCCGAGCGCGGGUCCCUUUUGGCGGAGCGCGAGGCAUUUGCCUCGGAGCGUGCCACCUCCGAGGCCAAGUUGCGUGCGGCCAUCGAGGCGGAGCUGCGCGGCGUGGUGGAGUCCGAGCUUCGCCAAUCGAUCGAGGCCGCUGUCCAGGCCUCCGCCGAGGCGGACCGGGAUGCCCGUGAGUCGAUCGAGGAGGACCUGCGCACCAUGAUUGAGAUCGAUGCUCGUGCUUCCAUCGAGCAGGAGAUCCGCACUUCUCUCGAGCAGGAGCUCCGCCCGGUGGCCGAGGCCAGCCCCCGAUCCGUCAGCUCUCCGGCCCCUUCUGGCAGCAUGCAGCUCGUGACCGACCUGUCACGGCCGCUGCCGGAUGAGGGCGACCUGGCGGCGCUGGGUCCCCUGGACCGGGCCCUCUACGAGCGGGACCUCCUGGCCGCCGAGCUGGAGUCGCUGCGUGCGGCGCGCGCCCUUGGCCUGGUGGCCGACGCGGCCCCGGUCGAGCGGGGCGCCUCGGCCGAGGCCCUGGAGGCCGAGCUCCGGGCGGCCGCCGACCAGCAUGCCGCCCGGGUGGCGGCUCUUGAGGCGGAGCUCCAGGCGGCCGGCGAGCGGCAUGGCGCUCUCCAAAGGGAGCUCCAGUCCUUGACCGAGCAGCACACCGGCCAAGUGGCCUCCCUGAAGGCCGAGCUCCGGGCCGCGGCCGACCGGCACACCGGCCAAGUGGCCUCCCUAGAGGGCCAGCUCGCGGCCAUGGCGGCGGGUGGCUCGGAGCAGGCCGGCGCCCUGGCGGCCGAGCUCCAGGCCGCGGCCGACCGGCACGCCGCCCAGGUGGCCAUCCUCGAGGGCAAGAUUCACGCGGCCACCGGUCGGCAAGCGGACCUGGAAGCCGAGCUGGAGGCGGCCCUUCAAAAGCAUGCUGGGCUUGAGGCCGAGCUGGGGACGGCCCUCCAGGCGCGCGGGGAGUUGCAAACCCAGCUGGAAGCGACCGAGCACAAGCACGGUGACCUGCAGGCCCAGCUGCAGGAGCUAGCCCACGCGCAGGAGGCCGAGGCAGGCGCCCUACAGGCUCGGCUUCGGGAGGCGGAGCAGGCGCACGCGGUCCAGGUGACCGAGCUCCAGAGCAAGCUGGACCUGGCCACUCGCGAGCAUGAGGCGCACCUGGCGCAGCUGGCCCGCGAGUCCGGGGCGGCUGGCGACGAGGCGGCGGCCCUGCGCCUGGCCGUGUCCAGCCUGGAGGCCGAGCUCCUGCGGGCGCGUGGCGAGCUGAAGCAGCAGCAGGCCGCUGUGACCGAGCAGGUCAAGCAGCUGGCCGAGCAGGACAGGCAGCUGGCCGCGCAGACCAAGCAACUGGCCGAGCAGGACAAGCAGCUCCAGGCGGCCGAGGAGGAGCGCCGGGGGUUGGGCGAGCGCCUGGCCCAGGCCCGGCAGGCGGCCAAGCAGCUCCAGCGCCAGCUGGCGGAGGCCGAGCAGGCAGCCGAGCAGGCGGCCGCCACGGCUGCCGAGCAGCACCGCUCCGCGCUGGCCGCCCAGCAAGACGCCCAUGCGCGGCAGACGGAGCAGCUGCAGCAGGACCUUGACCGGCAGAUGGCCGAUGCACGGGAGCAGGCCCGGCGCGAGGUGGAGGCCGCUCGGUCGGAGGCCGAUUCGCUGGUGGCUCAGGCCCUGGCCGAGGCCGAGCAGUCGCUGGCUCGUGGGGAGGCCCAAGCCGCCGGGCAGUUGGAGGCCGAGCGCAAUCGCCACGCCCUGGCCCUGGAAAACCUGCGGACCGAGCACUCCCUCAGGGUGGACGAGCUCCGGGCCUCGGUGCAGGAGCGCCUGGCGCACCAGCAAAAGCAGCACCAGCAAACGCUGGAGCGUGUCCGGGGGGAGCUGACCGCCGGGCAGGCGCAGCUCCGGGCCGAUUUGGAGGCCGCCCAGGCGGCGGUCGCCGCGCUGGAGGCCGACUUGCAGUCCGUGCGCCAGGCCUACGAGCAGGCCCUGGUGGCGGCGGCCGACGCCGGCAUGGAGGCCGAGCGGGCCCAGGAGGCCGCUCGUCAGGAGGCCGCCCAGCUGGAGGAGCGCCUCCAGUGGGCCGAGGAGACGGCCGAGGCGGCCGAGCAGCGGGCCCUCGGGGCCGAGGCCGGGGCCGAGGCCGCGCGCGAGCAAGCCCGCUCGGCCGAAGCCCGCGCCCGUGCCCUGGAUAAGAGCCUGCGCGAGGAGCUCCGCCGCGCCGGGGAUCUGCAGCUGUACGACGUGCCGCUGGUGCCGGGGUCCGGGUCCGAGCCAUCGACCGCGGGCCCGGGAUCGGUGGCCUCGUCGGCCGGCGGGUCGUCGGCUUCGCUGGCGGCUGGUGCUGCCGGUGGUGGCGCUGGCGCCGGCACCGGCGCCAUGGUCGCCGCACCGCCCGAGUCCCGCGCCUACCUCAAGCACACGGUGCUGACUUUCAUCGAGCAGCGGACCCUGCGCCCGGCCCUGGUGCCGGCCAUGGCCACCCUAUUGGAACUGUCGCCCGAGGAGGAGAAGCGCCUGCGGGACAGCGCCGCGGCGGAUGGCACCAUCGGCGGCCUGCUGGGCAUCUGGUGAUGAAGAGCCGAGCACCGGGGCCGGGACCGGAGGCGCGGUGCAGCCGGGGCGCCGGCCAAUGUGCGCGCUGGCGAGGCCCCUGCUCGCGGGCGGCCGUGCGCAUGCCGCUAGAUCCCGCGGGGCGCCGGGGGUGGGCGGCGAGAAAACCACCUGGCCGGCAGACCGAAAGGGCAGCCUGCCCCAUGCGCCGAUUGUUGGGCCCGGGGCAAAUGACAAUACACCCAGAUCCCUUCGUG